GUUCUCACAGGCAAGGCCCGACCUGAAGCACUGGCUCUACCCGUAGGGAAGGUUUUGGCCGUGGGUUUUGUUGGCACGUACCAUUUUGCUGAAAGACAGAGCACCUUGAGGACAUUUCCCCUAAAAUGAGAGAGGACUGGGAUCGAAAGGCUGACUCUAGAAAUGGCUGCUGCCCAGAUGCCCUCAAAAGCCAAGGCCUUGGCAGCCAUUUUUAUUUGCCGUCAAAGUGAAAAACAAACCCAGGGAGAGAUGGAGGCCUGAGUCAGGGGUUCCGCCAGGGAAAAAGGCAGACCUUGAAACUGCCCUCUUAGGGCGUGAGAGAGAAAAGCCCGGUUUGUAAACUGUAACGGGAAAUAAAGGCUGAGGGCAGGAAGGGGCAGCAGCGGCCAGCGUCCCUAGACCCUCAGACUCCGUCUGGUGUCGGGCUCCAUCUUCUUGCUGGGCUGGCGACAGACAGCUGGAGACGGGUCUAUCUGGGAAUAGUUCUAGAAGAAUCCAUCUUCGUUAUUCUGCUUUCCAGGAUCCUCGGGGUUGGUUAUAAAAUAUUUAAGGGAGAGAAAGGGAUCGCAGGAGCCAGGCGCUGAGAUGAGCUUGGAGUCCCUGUUUCAGCACAUCAUCUUCACCGAGCAUCAGGCGGAGGAGAGUCGCCGUUUGAUGCGAGAAGUAAGGUCGGAAAUAACCAGAUGUCGUGAAAAAAUUAAGAAAGCAACGGAGAAGCUGAAUGAAGAGAAAAUCAAGCUGGACUCUAAGGUUCAACAGUUUUUUGAAAAAUCCUUCCUCUUACAGCUUUUGAAAGCUCAUGAAAAUGCCUUAGAAAAACAGUACAGUGAAAUUACAAACCAUAGGAAUAUACUUCUUCAAACCUUUGAGGCUAUAAAGAAACAAAUGAUAGAGGAGGAAGACAAAUUUAUUAAGGAAAUUACAGACUUUAAUAAUGAGUAUGAAAUAACAAAGAAAAGAGAGCUUUUGAUGAAAGAAAAUGUCAAGAUUGAAAUAUCUGACUUAGAAAAGCAAGCAAACAUUUUGAAAAGUGAAAUGAAGUCAAUGGAACAUGAUAGUAGCCAGUUAAAUGAACUUCAAAAACAAAAGAGUGAAUUGAUACAAGAAUUAUUUGCUCUCCAAAGAAAACUUAAAGUUUUUGAAGAUGAAGAGAAUGAAUCCAUUUGUACUACCAAAUAUCUAGAGGCAGAAAAAAUAAAAAUCAGUGAAAAGCCUCAAAAUGAUGCAGAAUGCUUAAGACUUAAAAAAGAAUUAGAACUUUAUAAGGAAGAUGACAUGGAAAGUGUUUAUGAAGCUCUCCAAACAGAAAUAGAAUUUUUGGAGUUGACACUAGCACAGAAAGAUCUUCAGGAAAGCAAAUAACUUACAGAGAAUUGAUCAGGCAUCUGAGAUUCCAUCAGAAUAUCUGAGAAUCAAAUCUUUGUGAUAGAUGUAUGAAUGGUACCCGUUACAACAGAUCCUUGUGGGAAAUAUGGGGUUUAAAAUAUUCAAACUGUUAUAUCUAGAAAUGAUGUAUUAGCCCUUUAAGCUAAUUUUUGUCUUGUUACGUACUCAAACUUUAAGAGUUCUUCCGUGGUUUGAUUUUGUUUCUAAAGGAAGGAAAAGGAGAAGAAGUAGACACCAUGCUCCCAGGCUUCUUAUAUGCCCCUGAACCUCAAGCUGUCCUAUUCUUUCUAAUCUAUAUGAUAUGGUUUGGAUCUGUGUCCACGCCCAAAUCCCAUGUUGAAUUGUGAUCCCCACUGUUGGAGGUGGGUCCUGAUAGGAGGGGAUCGGAUCAUGGGGGUGGGUUUCUCAUGAAUAGCUUAGCACCAUUCUUCUUGGUACUGUCCUUCAGUUCCCCUGAGAGCUAGUCGUUUAUUAGUGUAUAGCACUUCUCCACUUUGCUCCUGCUGCCACCAUAUGCGAUGUCUCACUCCCCCUUUGCCUUCAGUCAUGAUUGGAAACUUCCUGAGGCCUCCCUAGAAGCAGAAGUCACUAUGCUUCCUGUACAGCCUGCGGAACCAUGGGACAAUUAAACCUGUGUUCUUUAUAAAUUA